AAUUCGCGGCCGUUGUGGCGGUUGCGGCGGUUCUGUAUCCAAGAUCUGAAUGGAGGCGGCCCGGGAUCCCCGCCCGGCCCGGGAUCCCCGCCCGGGGUUGUGCUGCAAGCCCGGUGGGCGUCUGGACAUGAGCCACGGCUUCGUACACCAUAUCCGUCGGAACCAGAUCGCUCGGGACGACUACGACAAGAAGGUGAAGCAGGCGGCCAAGGAGAAGACGAGGAGGCGCCACACGCCCGCGCCCACGCGGCCCCGCAAGCCAGACCUACAGGUGUACCUGCCGCGCCACCGAGAUGGCUCUACCCACCCAGUGAACCCAGACUGUGAGGAGUCCAGCGAAAGCAGCAGUAGUGGAGGCUCUGAGCUGGAGCCUCCCGGCCGCCAGCUCUUCUGUUUAGAAUAUGAGGCGGACAGUGGAGAGGUCACAUCAGUUAUUGUAUAUCAGGACGAUGAUCCCAGAAGGGUGAGUGAGGAAGUAUCAGCACACACACCUCUGGAUCCAGCCAUGCGAGAGGCCCUCAGAUUUCGCAUCCAGGAGGAGCUUGCAAAACGCCAGAACCGACACUGACGGGGUUGAAGGCAGGAUUCAAUGCACUUGGCAGAGUUUUGCCCAAGGAGCUCACCUCUAGUUUGGAGGUGCCAGGACAAGUCCAUGUGGUCUUCAGGAUCCUGUCCUCCUCCUCCCCCUCCUCCUCCUCCUCCUCCCCCUCCUCCUCCUCCUCCUCCUCCUCUAAGCUGCUGUAUGCACAGGGUCUUGCAGGACCACAUCUGACCUACCUCUCAGCAGCCAGUCUUUUUUGUCCCAUUCAUCUAACCUAACAUUCUGGAAGUUUAUGACAACUUUGGCUAACUUAGUGUUUUGGGAGCAGAGACUUCAGGGAGAGCCAGGCUUUCUGAAGCCUUUGCCCAUGUGUUCCUGGCUUGAUGAGGUCAUUUGUCAGGCCCCUUUGUGUUUCUGCUUUGGUCCACUCAUCUUUCCUUAGACCUGUUUUCAGUUGUCACUUUUCCUUUCUCCUAUCUUUUUGCCUUAGGUAGACUCCAUUUCUCCCCACCCCCCCAACAUGAUUGUUUCUCUGCCACUCAGGAAUUCAGAAGUGGGGCUUCUGGGAACCUGCCUUCCUAACAAGUUCUCCAAGUAAUUCUGAUGCCAAUAAAACAGGAGAGCUUUGGAUUUGAGGCCUAUUUGGAAACACAUCUCCUUCCCCUUCUGUGGCUUUCCCAAGCUACUCCUAUGCCUCACUGCUUUGCACUGUCCAUGUAGGAGACUAUAUAGGAGACCCAGGAAGAGAGUGCUGAGCUAAGCUGCAGUCCUUAGUUGAAAAACCUGUCAUGCUAAGCAUGGUGGCACAUGCCUUUAAUCCCAGGACUCAGGAGAUAGAGACAGGUGGAUCUCUGAGUUCAAGGCCAGCCUGGUCUACAUAGCGACACAUCUAGUUCCAGGACAGACAGGGUAGAGAGAGCCUAUCUCAAAACAAAAAAAGUUAAAAAACAAGACAAAACAAAAAAACCUGCCUUGGCUAGGCUUACCAAAUUCACCUCCUAGCUGUAGAGAGACUGCCUUCUUCUCAGACUAAAGGAGAAUUAUCAAAGCAGACUUAAAAGUAACUCUCCAAUCGUGGUGUUGCAGUCUUGAAUUAUUCAAGUUGGGAGAGUUGACAAUAGCUAUAAUUGUUCUGGGCUGGGAUGGCUCUAGUUUCAAAAAAGAGCUGUGAAUGACAUUUUGAGGAAGUGAAAUGACCCUUUCUCUGCCCCAUGCUUUCUUUCAUACCUCCCAAGAGUAUGUCUGAGCAUGAUGAUACACACUUUAACCCCAGCAUAAAAGAGGCCAAAGUAUGAGGACUGUUGUAAGUUAAAGACCAACUAAGCUGUCUCAAGAAAAAACUAAAUAAAUGUAACUUAGGUUCUUUGGGUAAACAUCCCCAGACAUAGCAUUUUUCCAACACAUGUUUUCCAACACAAACUUAGGCUAAGGUCUGAAGUCCACAAGACAUCCUGUCCACAGGAAUUCAGGGCCACCUAAGAUUUCCUGACAUAGGAGCCUAACUUCAGCAACUGGAAACAUGAAUCAUAAAACAGCCUACAAGCCCAGAGACUGCCCACAACCAAACCCCCUACCCCAGGGCUUUGUCUUCUAGGGUCUCAAGAUCAUUCUAACUAUACGAGUUCAGUAGCUUUUCGCUUCAAGGACACUUGGGGUUCCUGCUGUGUUUAACCCACUCUGUUGAAAACAUGUACUGUAGCUGGGCAUCUGCUUUAUGCCAUUAAAACAGUGAGGUACAGCUUGCUAUGCCAGAAUUCUGGGGCAUUGAGUUAGGUGGUAAGUUAGAAUGCCCUGGUUCCAGGGGGCGGGGGUGUGUGUGUGACUGGGGACCCGAAUGCUGUAAACCAGGAUAGCUGGUCUCAGGGUUCAGUGCCUUAAGUUUGUCAGUCCUAAUCCCAGUCUGCUAUCAGGGAAAAGCCUUCACCCUGUACUUGUACACUAGUGCUGUAAGUGCCUGUGGAUUUAUAUGGGUAGACACCAUCCAAAGCCUCCAGGAUGAAGGAAGGUCUGCCAAACUCCAUGCUCUUCAUCCUGCAGGUCGUUUUAGUCUCCAGCUAAUCAUCCAUAUUCUGACUUGAAACACAGGAUUCACUGGAACUCUGGCUGGACAAAGAACAGUGGAAUUUCUUUGGGGUCUGUGUUCUUAGAGCUGUGCUUCCUAUGCCCUGAUUCUGUUAUUGAACCUAAAACCACCUGAAGAAGAAUCUGAGGACCCAGCACCUACAAAUUUGUAGUUAUUCCCACUUCUUGAUAAAGGAAGAAAUAGAUGAA